UAGGUAAAAGCGGUAUCCCGAGGUUUUCCGAAAAAUGACCUGCGUAAUCAUUUGAAGCGUCAGUGUUUUAACAUUAAAACCGCCUCAAUUACGUCCUAGUUUCGAUAAAAUCGAAAAUAAAAACAGCUCCAAUAACAUGGAGGCUGAAUCGUUGGAGCUGGAAGAUGGGGAAGUGGUGGAUGAUGAGCCAGCUGACACCUUUGGGCCCUACAACGUUUUGCAGAGGCCCCACACAGUCGUAACAACAGUGGAGGUGUCAAAACCUACGUACAGCGACGAUACUGACGAGACGUCAGACUCAGCCAGUGACACAGAUUCAGAUUCAGGACCCAAAACGAAGAAACGUCCAAAGCUGAAAGCAAUACGACGAAAAGCCAGUGAGGAAGCGAAAAAAACCGAUAAAUACAAGAUCUGGUGCACCCAGGUACAGGAGGAGGUGCUCACCGAGGAUCUGGUAUCCUGCGGUGUCACCAGAAAGAUGCAUCAGGGUCGAAGUGUUGAGAACUACGAUCUCCCAGUGGAUUUUCUGCUCAACGGCAGACUAAAUCUGGGGAACAACAGCUCCGAGGACGACCGGGAAGUUGAGCCCAGGCGGCACAGAAAGAGGACUAACUGUGACAGGAAAAUGAAGAAGUUGCCACUAGGAAAACGACGAAAUUCCAUGGACAUUGACAAACUCAGGGGCCCUAAGAGAACGAUUGAUGAAUUGUCGGUGGGUGUCGAGGGAACUGAUGAAGCAGUAGCUCGUGAUAUUGCAGAAAAGCUUAAUGAGAAGAAAGACUCUUUAAUAAGAAGAGUAGUAGACAUUAUUGGCAAGGAGAAAGCAAUAGAGUUCUAUUACAAGACUAAAGAUAUCGAGUCAGAUGGAGGAAUGUUAAUAAUGAACGGAUCAAGAAGAAGAACUCCAGGUGGAGUCUAUCUACAUCUCGUGAAGACCGACGACUAUAUUCCACAGGAGAACAUACGCCAGAUAUUUUUUGUUGAUAAGAAGGAGUGUACAGAGAAGAGGAGAGCUGAUCAAAGGCAGCAAAUACAUCAGCAGGCGAAGGAAUUGAUGAAGAGCCAAUCUGGAAAAGAUUUGCCGACACUCAUGACAAGAGUCGACUUGGCAGGAAGACAAAUCGCUGAUGAGGCGAGGCAGAGGAGGGGCUUGGAGGCAGAUCCAGUGGAUUCAGACAGGCCUGUAUCCAAUCCCCCACCGAGCCCAGUUACAGACGAUCCAGAUCACGCUGAACAGGUCGUUGUUCAUCACCAGAGGAGAGUUGAAGAUUACAGCGAUGAUUUUCUCGAUUUGGGGACUGACAUCGACACUAUGGAGAUGUUCUGAGAUUUUAAUAUCUCAAUGAAUAGCAUGAAGGUGAUGGCAUUGAUAGUGUUGAAGCACAUCCACCGGCAUUACAAUUGCUGACGAUUUGCUGACAGUUUAUUUAAGCUGCUGCAGAGUCAGUCAGUGAUGUUCUCCACGUAAGCCAUCGGUAGUAGUUUUUAAUGUACAUAAUCGUCGGUUAUUUUCUAUAGUGCACGUGCAACGGGGGGAGUACUUAUGAAUUUCGUGGUGAACAUCAUUGAGAGUGUGAACAAUUUCUUGAAUAGAAAAUAUCUUGUGGGUGAACACUUUCAACGAACAAUUUUUUAUCAAAUAACAAAUAAUGGUUUUUCUUUUGGUAUCAAAAUAAAAUGUGUUACACUUUGUAAAGAAAA